CAAACUCCUUAACGGGUAAUUAAUAGAGCACUGAGCGUGUUGGUUCAGAGCGUGUUUGGUGAGAGGCGGGUCGUUCGGAACGCUGUCUGCUGCCCUGCUCUCUUGCGCCUCCAGAGAAAGGCGGGGUGAGCUUAUCCCAAGCCUCGUCAAAAACGGACUCUUUCGGACAUCUGGGAGGGAAAAACCUCUGCGACUGGAUCAAAGGCUGUUCAGAGGGCGAAACGCACGUUGUCAAGGCCGAUAGAGAGUGGGAGCUGGACCGGGAACAGACUAACAUCUUAAAGAGUUUUACGAAAAGGAGCGUAUGUAGAGGAAUGAGUCCUUGACGUUUAUGGCAGUUUAGUUUAAUAAUUUAUAAGAAUGCAGUGCUAAAAUAAUUUUGAAUAUAAGAAUAUUGUUUGAUAUACCGACGUGAAUUGCAACAUUUCCCAAACACUAAAAUCUAUCCGCAAUAAAAAGGACUUUUCCGAGGAACCAUGAAGGAAUUAUCAAAUAUCUGUCAGAGGAUGAUUCUGGUUGCUCUGCUUCUAACAACAAUCUCAGCUACCAAAAUGAACGUACCGCGACUCAGACUUUCAUACAAAGACCUUGUGGCCACCAACCGUUCAUCUGUCUUCAGCGGUCACCACGGUCAGCUUUCUCUCACCGCCGUUUUUCUGGACGAGUACCAUGACCGUUUGUUCCUGGGGGGGAAAGACGUCCUCUACUCCCUGAGGUUGGACAACACCAACCCGGACUCCAAAGAGAUCUAUUGGCCUCCACUGCCUGGUAACAGGGAUGACUGUGUCCAGAGAGGGAAGGAUUCUCAGACGGAGUGUGCCAACUUUGUGCGCCUUUUGCAGCCCUACAACCGCACCCACCUGCUGGCCUGUGGAACGGGGGCCUUCCAGCCCAUGUGUGCCUUUGUGUAUGUCGGCCACCGCGGUGAGCAUGUUUUCACCAUGGACCCGACCAAUGUGGAGAAUGGACGGGGUAAAGUUCCUCACGAUCCUAGCCUCCCUUUCGCUAGCACCUUCAUUGGUGGGGAACUGUAUACUGGGCUGACUGCAGACUUCCUGGGAAGAGACUCUGUGAUCUUUCGUAGCCUUGGAGGUCGCUCCACCAUGAGGACUGAGACAGACCAGAGAAUCCUGCAUGAUCCUAAGUUUGUUGCGGCCCACCUCAUCCCUGAUAAUGAUGACCGUGACAAUGACAAGGUGUACUUCUUCUUCACUGAGAAGGCCAUGGAGGCCGGGGACAGAGAGGGGGCCAUCCACACCCGCGUGGGGCGAGUCUGCGCGAACGAUGCAGGUGGACAGAGGGUCCUGGUGAAUAAAUGGAGCACUUUCAUCAAGGCCAGACUGGUGUGUUCAGUACCUGGACCUCAUGGCAUCGACACCCAUUUUGACGAGCUGGAGGAUGUCUUCCUGCUCAGAGGCAAGGACGAGAAGAAUCCUGAUGUUUAUGCCAUCUUCAGCACCAUCAGUAACGUUUUCCAGGGCUUUGCGGUGUGCGUAUACAGUAUGGCGGACAUCAGGGAGGCCUUCAACGGGCCGUUUGCACACAAGGAAGGUCCUGACUACCAGUGGGGACCUUAUGAGGGUCGAGUGCCCUAUCCAAGGCCAGGGGUGUGCCCCAGUAAGAUCACCAACCAGCCUGGCAGACAGUUUGGCAGUACCAAGGACUUCCCGGACGCUGUGCUCCAGUUUGCCCGGGGCCACCCCCUGAUGUGGCGCCCGGUGUACCCGGCAAUGAGGCAGCCCCUGCUGGUCAAGGCCAAUGUGCCCUACCGUCUCAAACAGAUUGUGGUGGACCGCGUGGAAGCUGACGAUGGACAGUAUGAUGUCAUGUUUAUAGGCACAGACAUUGGCACCGUGCUGAAGGUCAUUGCCCUGCGUAGCGGCAACUCUCUGGACACAGAAGAGGUCACUCUGGAGGAGAUGCAGGUCUUUAAGGUACAAACUCCCAUUACAUCUUUGGACAUUUCAGUAAAAAGGCAAGCUCUGUUCGUGGGUUCCCCGGUGGGUGUGGCCCAGCUGAGGCUCCACAAGUGUGAGACCUAUGGGAAGGCCUGUGCUGAGUGCUGCCUGGCCAGAGACCCAUACUGUGCCUGGGACGGUACCUCCUGCACCCGCUACACCUCCCUCAGCAAACGACGCUUCCGCCGCCAGGACAUUCGGCACGGCAACCCUGUCCUGCAGUGUUUGGACCAGAAACUCAGUGUGGAGGAGCUGGACGUGACGGAGGAAAGAGUUGUGUACGGGACAGAAAACAACAGCACCUUCCUGGAGUGCAUCCCCCGCUCCCCUCAGGCCACUGUAACAUGGCUGGUCCAACGAGAAGACCGCAAAGAGGAGGUGAAGCUGGAUGAGCGGGUAAUGCGCACAGAACAAGGCUUGCUGUUCCGGCGCGUCUUCCGUCAGGACGAGGGAGCGUACGUGUGUCGUUCCCGUGAGCACGGCUUCGCCCGGACCCUUGCCCGCUUCACCUUGGAGGUUCUGCCAGGGGAGUCGCUGAGCGAGCUGCUGGCCCGCGACGAUGCCCCCCUUGACGGCUCCUUCAGCACCAAGGGUUACCGGGCCUGGAUCCCCUGCCACGCUUUAAGGAGCACAGGCGCGAUCAACCACCCGCGAUCCUGGUUCAAGGACAUCAUGCAGCUCAUCGGCCCGUCCAACCUGCCUCACGUGGAGGAGUACUGCGAGAGGAUGUGGUGCAACGACAAGCUGCGGCGCAAACACAAGAGCAUGCUGGACAAGUACCGCCAGGCGCACGAUAGCGCACGGAAGGCCCGCAACAAGGGUUCUGGAGAACGCAACCGGACGCCGCGCGACGUCAACAACCGGCAGCCAUAGAGAUGAGCGAGAGAGAGAUGGAAGGGCAACAGGUCAUGUACUGAGAGAGAGAGGGAAGCGAAAUGUAUUGUAGGAGGAGACAUACUGUCACCAUGCUGUAGUGAGAGUGGGAGGACAGAGGACGGAGAGAGACGGGGACUCAUGAAACUCUAAUUUACUUCCUGAGGGAAGCCCCUGCGGUUUUCCCCUAGGGACAACGCUGCACAGGUCUAAGGACGGAUGGUACCACACCGGAUGGGCUGUGUGGGGACUGCCAUGACCGAUCACUCGUCACACUUGUACCUUUUGAGCUGAUUCCAUGUCACCCAUGUUAUGCCUGCUUUGGUGUGUUUCACGCUGUUCCCCUUAAAAUUACCGCUCCACACCUUAGCCUUACACAACACGUCCACUUUACCUACACUGCUAAAACAAAUGGAGUAAAAAUGAGGGGGGCUCUGGGGUGGUCUGUGGUUUCAUAGUGCCAAGUUUCCACUGCAGUCUACGAGCGAUCAUCGACUGUGCAACUGGCAGACGUGUGACUGAAAGCUCCAUAAGCUAUCCAAAUUGGUAAGCAUGGCCAGGGGUGGGAGGGCAGAUGGCCUGGCCGUAGGGACUUUCAUGUCUCAGUGGGCUGUGCAACGAGAUAGGGUAAUCAAUUGAAUUAGUUAUGAAAACAUUGGGAAUGGGGGAGAAAAUCUGGGGUAAUUGUUCUGUUGGAGAUUUCAUGUAAAGUAUGGCCCUCAAAGGCUUUCUACUGUAUGUAGAACACCAAAUCACAGUAACUCCCCAUCACUUCCCAAGUCAACCACACAUUAGAUCACUUCUUGGCAUGUAAGCACACACACACACACACUUUCUCCAAUGUACACUGUUGAGCAAAUAUACGGUCACCUACAAAAUGAUUGGCGCCUUUGUUCAAAAUCUGAAAAAUAAACAACACAGGUAAUGAGUAA